AUGAGUAAAGAGGAGGUCCUCCACGCUUAUCGCAAGCUGAUGCGAACGAGCCUUCAAGCAGUUCAAUAUUCAAAGCCAGCACGAUUCGCUGUCCGAGACAUCAUCAAUGAGGCUUUCAGAGAACAACCUGCCACGGCCUUCAGUGCAUUCCGAAUCAAGAAUACGAUCGAGUUUCUCGAAACUGCCAAACAACAGAAUGGAUUUGAACAUAAAAUCGUCAAAAACCUGACCAUGGUCAAAUAUUGGCAGAAAAUGAACAGAGACAAGACCAUGCUUACAACUGCAAACAAUGAUUACACUCGCGAUAUCCGCCUACAGACUCGAUUGCAAUUCUCAGCCACUUUGACUAUGCUGAAUGAAAGCCUCGGCACUUGCCUGGCCAUAUGA